AUCAAAAACAAAGCCGCCAUGAGUUCUUUAAAUGUGAGUUUUGUCCAGAAUAUGUCUAUUGUUCGUCCUGAAUACUUUUUCAUCAUUGGUCUUACAGGUAUACCGUACAGCAGUUAUUACUAUAUUUUUUUAUUUAUCGCAUAUUUUAUUGCUGUAAUUGGAAACUCUAUAGUCCUUCUCAUUAUAGCUCUUGAGCGAAGUCUGCACAGUCCAAAGUACAUUGGUGUGUUUAACUUGGCUUUGGCUGACCUUGGUGAAACUAAUGCAGUGAUUCCUAACAUGAUGAAGAUUUUUUUUUCUGACUCACAGUACAUGUCCUACAAUGCUUGCUUGGCUAACAUGUUUUUUGUGAACUUCUUUAUUACUGUGCAAAGUGCCACUCUUGUUGUUCUGGCAUUUGAUCGCUUCAUUGCAAUUUGUUUGCCAUUAAGAUAUCAUGCCAUAGUGAAUAAUACUGUCAUGUCUUUACUGUUUAUAGUAUUAUGGGCAUUUAACACUUCACUGGUGGCUCUGGCAGCGUCUUUGAUGACUCGACUUUCAUUCUGUAAAUCUAAUGUGGUACAGAGUUUUUAUUGUGAUUAUGGGCCAGUGUUGAGGUUGGCAUGCAACGACAACAGCAUUAAUAUGUUUAUAACAAACCUCAUCGCAGCUUUGUUCCUUGUAGCACCAUUGUUCCUUAUAGUCCUGUCAUAUCUGGGCAUUUUUUUUGCUUUAAGUAAAAUUACAACUUGGGAAGCACGUUUAAAAGCACUGAAGACCUGUGUUUCUCACCUUUUGUUGGUCGGAAUAUUUUUUCUUCCUGUAAUAUGCAUGUACAUUGCUUCAUCAAUUACUUCUCUCACUCCCAAUGCUAGAGUCAUCAGUGCAUCUCUUUCAUUUACUCUUCCACCAGUGUUAAAUCCCAUUAUUUAUGUUUUAAACACAGCUGAAAUCAGAGUCUUAAUUCGAAAACUGCUUAAAAAUAGAAUUGUUAGAAGGAACAUUUCAAAAUGACUAUAAUGAUUGUUUGAGUUCUUCCA